AUGGCUUUAGAUCUAUCUCAAAGACUCCUAGGAGUUAUAGAAUCUAAUAAUAUUUCUGACUGGAAUCAAAAAGAUGAUUAUUCAGUUUAUUCUACUGAAACUCCUAAUAUCUUAGAGAUAUUAGAUGAAUUCGAGCGGGAGCCUCAGGAUGAAGACUCUGAUAACGAAGAUCCUUUGAAUACGAUUGACAACCAACCUACUACUAGUAUAUCUAGUAGGGAAUCUAGUAACCAAUUACUAGAUCCAGAGGAGUUACAUCCAAUCUCUACCAAUAGUUCAUUGGAGAUAUUACCUUUUUCUAGAUCAACCAGUGUUGAACUAGGCACGAAACCGCUUUUUGGUAUUUUCAGUCAAGCUAAAUACCUCCAAUAUUCUCAGACAAUACCAGAAUACCCUAGUACUCAUCCUGAAGGUGUUGCUUAUUGUGUGAACGUCAGUAACCUGACGCAAUCCACAAUCGAUAACUAUCAUAGUCAGGUUCAAUAUGGUAAAGGUUCAAGAACAACCAGCAGCAGUAAGACGAAAAAAUGGCAAUGUUCUGGUGUUCGUUGUUGUCCACAUGUACCAGAACAUAUUCAGACUCUCAAUCAUACCGAAGCUUCUGAAAGUAUUUGGUUACAACUAGUACUCAAUCGACAUGACCAAGAAAACAUUACCAAUAACCGAACGGAUCAGCAACGACUAGAAGAAACCAGCAACCGACUCUAUGAUUCUGGGAUUUACCAACGAGACCAUAGAUGUCCUGAUUCCUGCCGUAAUGGAGGCUUGAAACUUGGAUAUGAUCACACAAAGGAUCUAUACUGGCUUAGGUGUAACCAAUGGUUCCCAUCUGAUAGUGCACAGCAUUAUUUCCAGUAUCUUCCAAGAACACUAAACUUUGACCACACUCACUUGCCUUAUCAUGGCGUAUCUAGUCCGAUUCAAACAGUUCCAUGUGAUGUUCAAUUUUUGUAUAUCACACCUAAAGACUAUCAGCAAGUACCAUUUGUACUGUUUGUUAGUUUUGGAACCCAUCGACAUCCACCACCUCCUACAGCAAAGGUACCCCGUGAUAUCUGGAAUGAUAUUACUAAAAUUAUUCAAAAAACCGAUACUCGGGGGCUUACUGUUGGUCGAUUCAUACGGAAUAGUAAUCUCCAACAAUACCUAAAAGAGAAUAAUGCAACUAGGCUUUCUCAGAUCCACCCAGCUUUGAACAAUCAGGACAUUAUACGCCAGAUGAUAUACAAAGAAAAGCUAUUAAGGAAUCCAUUUGGCGAGAGCUAUGACGCGGUUCUCUUCCAGUUCCUAAUGAAAACCCAAAAUUCACAAAGUCAUGAAUACAUUCGUGAUAUGUACAAUGAUGGGGUAAAUAUUCGUAUCAUUUGCUUUUCUCAAGAACAAUCAGUUGCUUUCAGUAAACAACGUUCUUUUCAAGUCGAUAUGACUUACAAACGCACUGGUAAUGGCUUCAACGAAGUUGUUUUUGCAACUAUGCCAGAAACAGUUGGUAACGCGGUUGUCCUUGCUCGAGUUUUUGUGAAUAAAGACUCAACAACAAUGUACACAAAGCUAUUCGAAAAGAUUUUCCCUCUUUUAGCCGCUACUAGUAAUAGUAGCAGCCACCGGUUCAACUGGUGGCACAUUGAUGGCUCCGGGAUACAAGCAGUAAUCACCGAUAUGUGUCACAAACAAGCUGCUGGCCUUGGUCGAUACUUAUAUAGUAUCGAUAAUACCCGAUCUUGGCAGGAGCAUAUAAUGCAUACUACCAUAUUCUGUUUGAUUCACUAUUUCCGAGGUGUACAUCGGAAAUAUCGGAGCUUUGAUGCAUACCAGCUUAUGCGUCGGUUAGUUUCAGAAACAACUAAAAGCAACUGUGAUCGAAUCUUACAGACUUUACGCAACCACAACAACCGGGAUAUCCGAACAUGGGUUAAACAUAAGGAGAUUCCUUGGAUCCUAUCUGGUCUAAACGCCAAUUACUCUCGGAUGCCUUCAAUUACGUUUAAUACCUACCAGAGGAAUUCAAAUGCAGUUGAAGCGAUACACCAUCGGGACCAAGUCUUGACUGGUACUGGAAUUUCGUUACUUAGUGCUAUCAUCCAAGCACAAGAUAUCGAUAACCGAGCUGUUCAUGGAAUUAACCAGUAUCUUGAAACUGGUGUAAGACCUGCUUCAAAUUUGUCUACACCUCUAAGGCGUAUUCAGAAUCGACCAGUACAAGCUACACCGUCAAUAUCAACUGUUACAUCUGGUAUUGCUAGCCCAAUUGAUCUUACAGAUAGCCCAGACCCUCCAGUGGCAACUCAGGCUAUUCAAUCUAUAUUGGAUAGAUUCAACUCUAGUGGUGUUACUGGUAAAAGAAAGCGAACUCGGCAGGCCAUGACUACAGACCCUAUUACGUCGCCUACACCUAACCAGAAAAGAUCCAGAAAAUCAGCAAAUAAGAACCUAAUACUGACAGCAACUGGAACUACUGGACCUACUGAUAUACCUAGCUUUGAGAGGUUACCCUCUUUAGAGACUAGUAGUCAGUCAAGAAAUACUAGGGUACCUAGUAACAUUAUGGCUUACACCGAUGAACCAGCUGCUACUGGUAACACCAAUACAACUAACGACAAUGAUCUGGCAUUUAAUAGAGAGCUUACCGCUCUCCAAGAUAAUAUCAAUCGCCAGAUAUUAGAACUUCGAAAGAAGUAUAAUAAGAUAUUACUGGUUACUAGAAAACCAGAUAGUAUUAAAUUCUAA